AUGGCAGUGAAUGAGCUGCUCGCUCCACAUGAUGCUUGGUUCUCGGAACUUGGGCUGCCUGCCUCGAAUACUGCUUCGUUCUGGGACCUUGGUUGCUCUUCGGUGCCUCGAUUUCGUGUUGUGACGCUGUGCCUCAUCUCUCAAAAGUUCGAUAUGUGCAUCUGUUGGUCCUCCCGGACCCCGGAUAAAUAUUUGCUCGAUUGCAAGGCAGUCUGA